AUGAGUGCUACCACCCGCUACCGUCGCAACAGAUUGAGAAAUGAGCUGAUGGCGAUGAAAAAUGACGUUACAAUGUCCCUGCGUAUCAUGGAGGUGUGCUGGAAUCAUCUCAGCGCCGAACGCGACCAGUUCGAAGACUUGCCAAUGCAGCUCCGCAUUCAUAUCGAAAUGUGUCAAUUGCAAAUACUGAGAACGGCCACUGUCACCAUACCUUCGAGCAAAAUGAUUGAAAUGGCCAUAAAAACUACCGCUUUGCAAAAUCGUGUCAUACACUUCUUAACGCUUCUUCACAUGCAGGAUGUUCGCAAUCGCCCAGAAGACACCAAUUUGCAAUGA